AUGAAGCAGCCACAAGGGUAUGAGGAUUCAACACACCCAGGUCACGUCUGUCUCCUGCAAUGGUCGUUAUAUGGCCUAAAGCAGGCUCCGAAGGCGUGGUUUAAAGGCCUUCAUGAUUAUUUACUCUCAGUGGGCUUUGCCUCGUCUAAAACCGAUGUCUCUCUGUUUUACUACACUGUCGCCGAGUCACGAGUUUAUCUUCUGGUAUAUGUUGACGACAUAAUCAUAGUGGGGAGUGGCGCGACCUUGGUUGGUACUAUACUACAGCGUCUAGCCUCUACCUUCAAGAUUCGGGAUCUUGGUAAACCAGGGUUCUUCUUGGGCAUUGAAACAGUUGACUCAGGCUGUCUCUCCAUCGUGGGUGCUCUUCAGUAUCUUACUAUUACGCAUCCUGAUCUAUCUUAUGCGGUAAACCGUCUUUGUCAGUUCAUGCACUCACCGUCUACUGAUCACUGGGCCAUGGUAAAACGGGUAUUACGGUACAUCAAAGGCACUCUAGAUUACGGGUUGUGUCUUUCACCGUCGUCAACUACCGCCAUACAUGCCUACUCAGAUUCUGACUGGGCUAGUUAUCCGGUGGAUAGGAAAAGCACGAGUGGAUUUGCUGUCUUUCUGGGGUCGAAUCUGGUUUCCUAG